AAAAUGUUCGCUGAACUUGGAAGAAAACUUUGAGAAUAAAGAAUAUAGAAGUGAACUGCUUAGGGAUGAAAGCUAUAUGAUUGACAAUCACUCAGGUUGCUAUCUUAGUGCAAAUCAAAGCAAAACAGUUUCACUUGUUGACAGUUGUGCAAAUAAGUAUUUGUCUAGCCAUCGUUCCGAUUUCAAGAAAAUUAGCCACCGGCUUUGUCAUAUUAGUGGCACUGCUGGAAAGCGAAGUGGGAACCUAGGUAGACUAAAAGAAAACAAACUAGGAUUAAAAUAUGGCGUACACUUUGAACACUUACCAAAAGCCAUAGAUCGCAUUAUACCGUGGUUAGGUGAAGGAAACUGUCAUGAAAAGGGUUGGCAAAUGAAUUUCACAGAAAGUGGCGGAACGUUGUACAAUACUCGCUCCGGCCGCUCUCUACCCAUAACAAAUUGCCCCCAGAUGCAGUUACCUAUUCUAGGCUGUGACAUGUUUAGCAAAGAAGAAAAUGAAACUGAGGAGGAUAUAGUAUGCACUAGUAUAGAAGAAGCUAGACUUCAUUCACAAGCUUCAAGAUUAGACAUACAUCGUAGACUUGGUCACUUUCACGUUGAUGGCCUUAGUGUAUCUUGUCCAGAAUGUGAUCGAACCAAAGGUCAAAGACGCUCUCAUGCAAAAGUGAGACCCCCUGGACAUAUACCUUCUCCAUUGAAAACACUUGCAAUUGAUUUCGCAGUUGGUAUUAGACCAGUAUCUAUAAGAAGCAAAAGAUGUGCUUUAGUCAUUAUUUGUGAUUCGAUUAAAAUGUGUUUCGUUCGUCCUCUUUGCCUCAAGUCGGACUGCGUAGAGGUGAUUGAAGAAGUAAUAAAAGGCAUUCGCCAGGACUACUCAUUGUCACUCGACGACAAGGUGGUGUGGUUCAUCCGUAGAGAUAACGAACCCGUCCUAAGUAGUGACCAUAUGACCAAAGUCAUGCAAUCGCUACUGGUUUCGGAAAUUCCUGGAGUUCCUUACAACCCAGAAAUGAACGGAACUUGCGAACGUUUCAUGCGGACCAUUUUCGGUGCUGUACGUACCAUGUUGGUCAAAGUCGACCGACGUCUUUGGUGUUACUGCUUACAGUAUGCCGGAGAUUGUUGGAAUCGCUUACCGCAUCGUUAUGCAAAAAUGCCAGAACGUGAUGGAAUGAGUCCUGUCGAGAUACUAGAAAAGAGGAUAGGAAAGAAGUCCUCGAAAAGUGGUCUAGGUAUGUUAAGAAGAUUUGGUUGCUUGGUGUACUUUCGUGAACAGGUCGUAGACACCACCAACAAGAAAGAAGCAAAGCUUGCGUCACCUUAUCGGCGUGGUGUGUUUCUCGGUCUGUGUCCAGUUUCGUCUGGUUGGCUAGUAGGUACAUAUCACAACGAUGGGAGAACGAAAGCUGGCUUCAAGUGGAGUGAGUAUUCCACACUAGACGUAAAAUUUCGAGAGUCGAUAUUAGUCAAGAACAUUGAUUGGCUAUUGCCUACGUCGAAGGGCAUUUAUGUUGAUUAUGACCCGCUGGAAAACCUGCAGUCUGGCACGCCGUCGCUGGGUCCCGUCCUGCACAGACAUGCGCUGCAACGUAUGGCCUGUCAGCCGCGCUUCUCUGGCACGGAGUACAGCUCAGGCGAUCCAACCGGCAUGGAAAUGAUACUAGAUAACAAUGACAUUGGUGAGUUUUUCUGUGAAUCUUUGGACAAAGAGGAAGAUCCAAAGACCGGUGAUGAUUCCAACUCUGACGCGCAACGCGUUGAGGAGGGGAAUAUCUCAUCGGAGCGUGUGUCGCCUGACUCUAAUCCUGAAGCAAGGGAUCCGAGGACCUUACCCAUUCCACCAUCUCAACCAGGCAAAGUUGAGGAGGGGAAGAAAGGCCGAGGAAGACCUAAAGGGAGCAAGGAUAAGAAUCCAGGACAACGCAAAAGAAGAACAAAAGCCGAGCUAGAAGCAUUAAGAAAAGACAUGCAUAAAUUUGCCAUGCUAGCAGGCGGGCAUGAGCUGGAAGAAGGGGAGACCUUUCUCGAAGCACAUGUCAUGCUGUCAGUUUCCCAAGCCUUGAAAAGCCCUGACGCCGAGAAAUGGCGUGCAGCUAUCACCAAGGAGGAAGCUAGACUACUUGCCUUUGAGACUUGGGCGCCAGCUACUGACGAGGAGCUGCGAACCUCUUCUCAGGUAAUGCCUAUAGCAAUCGUUCUCACGGUAAAACGUGAUGGAACUUUCAAAGCUCGUGCUUGUGUGCUCGGGAAUCUUGAUCGUUCGGGGAAUAUCGACACCUACGCCCCUGUAGUGUCACAUGCUGCGAAUAGACUUUUACUCGUUUCAGCAGCGACGGACUCUGACUUCGUCAUCCCAUUCGACCUUGAUUCUGCGUUCCUUAAUGCUGAACUCGAUCGUGACGUCUUCUGCCGUCUUCCACCAGUGUGGGCGGAGAAGCAUGGAGCGGAUAUCGUCAAGCUUAAGAAAGCUCUCUAUGGGCUCAAGGACGCUCCACGAGCCUGGUUCAAGAAGUAUUGCGUGCUAUUGUCCGAACUCGGAUGGGAGCCGUGUCCUUCUGCUCCAGGAUUGUGGCGGAAAAAGAGCAAAACGCACCCAGGAAAGUAUAUGAAGAUGUCAGUCUAUGUUGAUGAUAACUUAGCUACUGGACCUGACUAUCACGAGUUACGGUCUGAGCUCGACCGGAUCUUUAGUCGCGCCCCUGGCCGACCUAUUGAGAUGGCAAAGCGAGUCGAUUCUCUUACGGGUUUCGAAUGGCUAGAGUUCGACUUUCUUGGUGCGAUUGUGCACUAUUGUCGGGAAGCACGUUCAGUGAAAAUCCUGAUGAAUGUGUACAUAGAGAAGACUAUACAGAAGUAUAAAAUAACAUUAGGUAAGCCGGUGUGGUCUCCAAAUUUCGACGAGUCUGCUUUGCUUGAGGAGGGGCUUAAGCUAGCAGCCGGGUUUCCAUUGCGUGAGAUUGUUGGCGCACUGCUUUGGAUAUCGACAACCGCAAGGCCAGAUAUUUGCGUCCCUGUGGCGACAUUGGCUCGGUAUGUCAGUAAGCCCGUUACAGAAAGAAUUGCAAAAGCCUGUAGAAAAGUAUUAAAGUAUCUAGCUACGACAAAAGACCAAGGACUCUAUUAUUCUCCAGAAAGUGAGGAAGAAUUCAACGGAAUUUACAAGAAGCUCCUACCAGAAGGAAGAGAGCUACCGUAUACUAACUGGUUCUCAGAUGCAGGAUUCGCAAACUGCAUAAAGAGCAUGCGCUCGGCCAGUGGUUCGAUUAUGUACUAUCGGGGUUUUCCAAUCUGUUGGAAACGCAAUACACAAACCGUGCGUGCAUAUUCAACUGCAGAGCCAGAGUAUAUAGCCGCGUCGGACACUAUUGUCAUGAGCGAGCUGCAUGAUUUUACAGAUUUCCUCAAUCCCUUACCCACUCAACUAGUGGAAACGCGGUUUGGUAUAUCGCCAUCCCUCGAUGAUGCCAUAUUGUGGAUAGACAACCAGUCUGCAAUCUCGACAGCAAAGAGUGAAGACACGAAGCCUAAAAGUAGACACUAUGCGCUACGUUAUUUAAGGGUUAGGGAUGCCGCUGAGAAAGUAGUUUUCUGCCCUACUCACCUUAUGAAAGCUGAUGGACUAACGAAACUUUCAUGCUCAUCUACUCAACGCAGAUUAUUAUUACAUCACAUAGAGAAUCCAGUAAUUUAUUAGCCGUAACCAUAUUGAAGAUGAUAGUGACUCGGAAACGGAAGAUGAUGAGUCUGGUUCAAGUUCUGCUUCUUUGGCGGUGCUUACCUAUUCUAUCUUCUUAGGGUGUUAGGUCGUUGGUCAGAGGUGACGUCAGUGGCUAUACAACGAAUCGUGAUGGUUCUGGGUCAGGGCAGGUAACGCCAGACCGUUUGUGACUUUCAUCAUUUCCUCACCUAGCGAUUGAGGAGGGGUGUUGGUCAAUGGUCAUUACUGGCUCAAGAUCCAAUGAAUGAACCUGAUUUCAAUGCCAAAUGACUGCUCUCACUCGUCACCUUGAUCAUGAU